GCUCCAUGGCGGAGGAUGUUGACCUGAAAGCAUGUCAGGGAGCUUUGGAUGACUGCUGUCCACCUCGAGGAGAGGAUCAACUGGAACUGCAAGAAGAGGAGAAAGACAUAAAUCAAGUGUUGUGCUUGUGUGGACAAGGAUGUUUUUGCCUACAAACCCUAGAGACAUGGAUCCUGAAUUAUACUCCUCUCACCAUUUAUGUGAAGUUUGAUGUAGAUGUCAGAUGUAGAAUUACAUUUGGGACACUGGACUCUUCAGUUUUGCUCUAAGAACUACAAUGAAAGGGACACUCCAUUUUCUUGACCUUGUGAGAGAUGAGAACAUCUGAUCCAGGUGUCUUGCCAGCCUCUCUGUUUGCCACUCCCCUGAGAGCUUGGCUUUGAACAAAUACCUGAUUUUUUCGCAGUGGUGGGGAGGUACAGCUUCAGAGGAAAGCCCAGUUCUGCUGUUGUGGGCAGUGUAGGGAUGCUCAAGCCAUGGAGCUGUUCUCCUCAUUCUAGCAACAUGUCAUCUCCCAUCAGGAUGAAGAAUUGAUAGUGGGGUCAGCAGCAGUAUUGUACUGUGCUCUGUUUCCUCUCAGACUUUGAUUUUUACCUCCUUUUGUGUAAAAUAUGUGUGCUUUACACCGUGUUUCUCUUUCUUUUGUCACAGAACAACAGCAACCAUGUAGAUUCCCUUCUCUCCUUAGAGGGCUAUUUACAGAUUCUGCCAUCACAGGUGGAAAACAUGCUAGAGGCGAACUUACUGGAAGAUACACAACUUGCUACUUCUAGUAGAGGCCAAGACCCAUCAUCCUCACACCACAAUAUAAAUUUGAUCCAGACACUUCAGAACAGUUUCAGUCUUCCUGAUGCCAUGCUACUAAGAACAGACUACCCCACUCAAGUAAAUGCAAAACUAAGACACUUACAAAGGCAAGAGUUUUUCCCUCAAACAAGCUCUGAUACCACAAAUCCAGAAUCACUGUUUCAUGGGUCAAAUUUUACAGGGCUAUUUUCAGCUGCUGACCUUAGAAGUCCAACAGCCCAUGAUGAUAAUUUUGAUGAAAUUAAGCUCAUGACUUUGGCUUUGGAGGAAGGCUUUAGUCCUAUAGAAGUUUCUCAGAUCUUUGAAGAGCCUGGCUCAGAUUCAGGACUAUCUUUGAAUUCAAAUCACACCACCACCUCUUUCUCAGUCUGCUGUGAAGAUUCUGUUGGGUACAGCAGUGAUGUUAAAUCUGCUUCUUCACAUGGCUUAGGAGCUGUUGGUGGCCACUGCCAAGAAAACAUUAAGCACAGCCAUGUGGAAUAUCCAGGUGAUGCAGAGUGUUCUACAGAAGCCACACUUCAGCAGUUUCUUCAUAAUCACACUUGCAAUCAACUGCCAAGUCAAGCAGCAUCCACUCCAGAGCAUUAUCAACAGAUGUGGAUAAAGAAAUCAAACGAAGUAAAGGACAGAUGCCACAAUUCUACUGCUACAAACCGGAGCAGAGAUGAGCGUUGUGCAAAAGCUCUGAGAAUACCAUUUUCAGUUGAUGAAAUUGUGAGCAUGUCCGUCGACUCCUUCAACACCAUGCUAGCAAGGAGCCAGCUUACAGAAACUCAGGUAUCACUUCUACGUGACAUCAGACGAAGAGGAAAAAACAAGGUAGCUGCCCAAAAAUGUCGUAAACGCAAACUGAAUGCAAUUCUUAACUUGGAAGAAGAUGUGUGUAAUCUCCAAACACAAAGGGAGAGCCUUAAAAAGGAGCACUCCCAAUGUAGCAAAUCAAUCAACCAGAUAAAGCAAAAAUUAAACAACUUGUACCAUGACAUUUUCAGCAGACUGAGGGAUGACCAGGGUAGACCUGUUAACCCAUGCCAAUAUGUCAUUCAUUGCAGUAGCAAUGGAGGUGUUUUCAUAAUUCCCAAGCACUUGGCCAAAUCUGAACAGCAACAAGAUCACAGAAAAGAGCAGAAACAAAAGUAAGAUGACUGGAGAUCACCUAAAUCCCCUUUAUUUUGCCCGAAAGGAUAAGAAUACUUGUGUGAAGACUGAAGGUCAGUGAGUACAGCAGUUCAAAAGAAACAACUACACUUGAGGAGAAAUAUUUUGUAUUCAAGGGUCUGGCAAACCCACCCAACUGUGAUCUGCUAGAAGGUCUGUGAGCUGAGGCUUCUGGAUGAGGAAAUCUGUUUAGUUCUAGUUAGAAUUAAAGGAGCUAGACCAAAGUGUAGCUUUAUAGACAUACAUUAAAACUAGGACUUUAGUUACUGGUAAUGGGGGCAAAGGGGAGAACAUCAGUGAGGGAUAAAAGUCAACUUUAGAUCAAUGUUACACAUGCAAGAAAAUGUUUUAGUCUUGAAUACUUGACUCUUUAUACAGAGAAUGACCUUAUUUAUUCUCUAGCACUGAAAGAAAUAUAGUUCUAGUGCAUCUUCAAAUUCACUGUGGAUUUACAGAGGCUCAAGAGGUAACUGCAUGCUUUGCAUUUAUUCAGAACGGCUCUGCUUUUCCUAGUUUUCUGAGGAGAGCUGCCCGGGAGGCUACUGCAUUUUUCCUCAUUACUUUCACCAUCAUAACUCCAAGCAAAGAUAAUCUGCCACUUAAUUUUACAACUCACACACUCCAUCUGCAAGCAGAUGUUGAAAAAUAGUGUCUGAUUCAGUAUUGUCUUACCUUCAUCCUCUGCAACUAAAUCAUUCUCAGCUUUCUUCCACAAAAAUGACCAAUGGUGAAGGAGUUCCUGUUCUGUUUCCUAGUGACUGUGAUAGUUACUUGUGUACCUUCUCUUCUCCUCCCAUUUUAACACCUUCCUCAAGAAGUACUUGAGUUUCUCUCUGUGGCCUUUUUAACUGGUAUUUUUAAAGGGUCUUUAUUAUUCCAGAUUUGAUUUUUUAAAAUAUACAUUCUCCCUAGUCUUUAAAUGAAAUUGAACAAAAUUACUAUUUAUCUAUAUUUGUAAUUAUGAGGUUGCACUCUGAUAGUGCUCCCAAUGAAGAGUUUUUUGGUUAGACAUUUAUUUGGGCUGUUAAAAUGAAGUUUUAUUCACUCAUGUACUUAACAACAUCCUAUCUUCUUACUGUUUUGCAGCCUGAAAAAGGCCUGCAAAAGAGAUAGCCAAAAACGCCUGUAAUGAAUAAGGAAGGAAUGUUGACGUAUAGCACUGUGAAAAUAACUACUAAUAUUAAGGUCUAGAUUACAACAAAUACUUCUUCAUUUUAUAACUAAAACACAUAAAGCUGGUAUUUAAAAAGUUCUCAUUGGUCAUGGCAUCAUGACAAUGGAGCAAAUUUAGAUUCAGGCAUGUUUAAAAAGUCACCUGUACCAAACAUGCAAGAACUACACAUACAAGCUUAAAUGCCAAAUUAUACCUACUGCCACUAGCACGGAAGUCAUGCAGGCUGCUUGCACUUUGUAUAACAAAACUGUUAAGUGUCAAGUGAUAUUUUCUAAAACGGGAGCCCUAAGAUGGUGCCAAGUACACUGAGCUAUCAAUGAGAUCAGCCUGUUUGAACUAUUUUCUCAGCAUUUUCUAUUAAAAUAUAUCUUUAAAUAAAUGUGUGCAUGUGGUCUUUAUUGGUUUCACUACAGCCUCAAAUGGGCAAGCGUAAAUUCAUAGCAGAAAGUCUCAUUAGUGAGCCCACGCAAUUUCUUGCCGUUGGUUAAGCAUCAGUGUGAGACACAUCUAUUCUAACUGGUAUUCACAUGGGAUUUUUCUACUGGCUAGAUCACAAACUUCAACCAAAACAGGUAAUAGGUAUUGGAUACAUAUGAAUUGUGAACUUUAUUUCUAGUUGGGGGGGGGCAGGGGAAGAAGUACACAUUCAAGUCAGCGUGAUCAUAAUCGAUUAAAUGACCUAACAGUCUGAAGUCCAUGCACUUAACCCUUUGCAAGAUGAGGUCUCUAAACCUACUUCACUGCCUAUAUGCAUAAAAUCUGAUAGCUACUAGACUAAACUGAGAAGUCUAGAAAGCUAAGUG